CUUUUCAUUUCUUGAAUUAAUGCUUUUUUUUUUCAACUCCCUUAUAAAACUAACUUGGUGUUCUUUCCUUCAUUCCCUAUCAACCCUUUUUUUUGAAAAACCAUUUUAGCUAGUGACAACAUUUUAUCUCAUUUUCUUGAAAACUCAAAAGGAAACAUGGCUAAAAAUCCAAAAGAUGCUACUACUUCAAAAAAGUGUUUUUCAGGGAUUUUUCAAAGGCUUCUUUGUGGUGGAAAUCUACCAACACACCCUUGUGAUGAGUUUAAGGAACCAAAUAGAACAACAUUUGAUCAUACAAGUCAAGCAUUACCUUUCAAGGCUGAGGAAAAUAGUAUUAUUGGUAACAAAGUAAUUGGAGGCAAUAGUCCAGGAAUUGUGGCAAGGCUAAUGGGAUUAGACUCAUUACCUCAAGAAGUAGAAAAAAUUAAUUUUGGUUCAUUUUCAAGAAGCAGGUCAGAUAAUUCUCUAGAUUACUUGAUGCACUUUAAUCUAACUCAUCAAAAUUUUCAUCAUAGAAGAGUCAGAACAUCUGCAUCUUUUCGCGAAAUCCCAAAUCUUGAUGAAGAAUUCAAGAGUGAGUUUUUAGUUUUUUGCUUCAAUGAUGAAAAAGAGGAACAGACUUUUAGAAAAUCCAAUCAAGAAAUGAGGACAAAGAAGACUGAAGAUGGCAACAGAAAAGAUGUUCACAAAAAGGGGCAGAACAGAGUUGAUUUUUCUAAAGAAGUUAGUGGAAAACAAAACAAGAUUGCUAAUAAUAAGGUGAAAAAGCAAGUGAAGUUUGAGGAUUAUCCUACCAAAAUGUCUCUUGAAUCUAAGAAGAAGAAGAAGAGAAAGAGCAAAAGUGUAGUGUCUACCAAAAUUCAGCCAUUAUUUAAUAAUUCAGCAGAUUCAAGUCCAAUUCAUCUUCAACAAGCUGCUACUAUCCCUGCAGUCCAGAUUCAUUUACAAGCAUCAAUGCCUUGUUUUGCAUUAUAUUCAGAAGGGAAAAUGCAGCUAAAUUCUAGAAAGUCUCCAGCAAGAGUCACAGAUCUUGAACAUGCAAUCACAAGCAAAGUGGAGAAGCAAAAGGAGAUUAGUAAAGAGACAGAUCAUUACAUAAAAGUGGUUGGAGAAAUUUGUAGAUUAACAGAAGAAAAGUUAAACGAGUCACAUUGGAUAACAGCUAUUAGAACUGGAGAAAACAUCAGGUUUGAAGAUUUAUGCCUAGAAUUUGGACAAGAAGUUCUUGAACUGUUACUAGAUCAGCUAGUCCAUGAACUAGUAAUCUUUGCACAAUGAAUCUUUUUUUCAUGUUUUAAAGACAUGUACUUUUUUCCCACCUUUGAAAGAGUGGUUUUGUUCUGUCAAUACAACUUAUCGAGUUAUCAAGUUGAAUUGCCUUUUGUAAGGAACUUGAAUCAUUCGUUU